ACGUUGGAUAUGGCCACACUGUGAAGGAGCGCUCAACGUGCUCAAUAGAAAACAAACGCGGAUUCUCCGGAAUUAUGUUGUUUUUCUGCCCGUCGUGCGGAAACAUACUGAUUAUUGAGGAGGACACGAAUUGCCACCGCUUCACGUGCAACACCUGCCCCUAUAUAUCGAAGAUCAGGCGUAAGAUCUCCACAAAGACCUUCCCUCGCCUUAAGGAGGUGGACCACGUUCUGGGCGGCAAAGCGGCUUGGGAGAACGUGGACUCGACGGAUGCGGAGUGUCCAACGUGCAGCCAUAAGCGUGCUUACUUUAUGCAAAUCCAGACUCGAUCGGCCGACGAGCCCAUGACCACGUUCUACAAGUGCUGCAACCACGAGUGCAACCACACCUGGCGGGACUAA